CCCUGCGUGGUGCGGUGUGCAAAGCGCGCUGGUUGGCGUGGUCCGGACACGCCUUCCCGCCCGCGGAACAAAACGGGGCGCAGGCGGGGCGCGCGCUGCCGCCGCUUCCGAGAGCGCUUCCCGCCCGCGCCGCCCGGACCGAGCCCGCUGCCAGAAUGCCGAACUGGGGAGGAGGCAAGAAGUGCGGGGUGUGCCAGAAGACAGUCUACUUUGCUGAAGAGGUGCAGUGCGAAGGGAACAGCUUCCACAAGUCCUGCUUCCUGUGCAUGGUGUGUAAGAAGAACCUGGACAGCACCACCGUGGCCGUGCACGGCGAGGAAAUCUACUGCAAGUCCUGCUAUGGCAAGAAGUACGGGCCCAAGGGCUACGGCUACGGGCAGGGCGCCGGCACGCUGAGCACCGACAAGGGCGAGUCCCUGGGCAUCAAGCACGAGGACACCCCCGGCUAUAAGCCCACCACCAACCCCAACGCAUCCAAGUUUGCUCAGAAGAUCGGCGGUGCCGAGCGCUGCCCCCGGUGCAGCCAAGCGGUCUAUGCGGCCGAGAAGGUGAUUGGAGCGGGGAAGUCCUGGCACAAGUCCUGCUUCCGGUGUGCCAAGUGUGGCAAAAGCCUGGAGUCGACCACCCUGGCUGACAAGGAGGGCGAGAUCUACUGCAAAGGAUGCUAUGCCAAAAACUUCGGGCCCAAGGGCUUCGGCUUUGGACAAGGGGCUGGAGCUUUGGUCCACUCGGAGUGAGCCCGGCCGACUUCCCCGACUCCACGCUUCCUCCCAGCAGCCUCCGCGCCCUCCGGGCCCCGCGUGCCCACUCCCGCCCUGCCACUCGCUCACUAACUGCCUGAACCUGGCUGGCCGGCUCCCUUGGGUGUGGGGUCAGCUGGAGGUCCCGGAGGGGCUCCCCUGGCCUGGGGUCUGCACUCUCACCAACUAAAAAUGCCAGUACUCUGAGUCUGGUGGGCCCGGCCCUUCUCCCCACCCCACCCCGCCCCACCUCUGUCCUUAGCUCCUGGCAGUGGCUUCAGUGUGGUGUGCAGGCUUCGGGGGCUGAGUCGGGCCCCCGAGCCCAGCAGAGAGGCGCCCUGAGGGAAGGAGGGAGGGCUUGUCACUGGCUUAGUAUGGGGAGGGGAUGGGGGUGGUGGAGGGGGCCCCUGCUCAGGGAAUCACUGGGUUCAGGGGACAGGCGGGGUCAUACUGGAGCCAGGUUCUUGGCUCCUGGCCUUCUGAGGCUGUGGAGCACUCGUGUGAGCGCCCCCCCAAAAAAGGUUAAAGGAAAAUAACCCAGAUCUGAGGACCCCAAAGUCAGAAUGUCAUCUGACUCCCCCCAACAUUUAGUCCCCUGGCAGGAGGGGGACCCUAAAGAAACACUCCUGUUUUGGGGGUCCCGCAUGGGGGCCUUGCUCUACCCCUUUCAGGGGUCCCGUGGUGGCUGCCCCCUCUUCCCAGCACCCCGCCCUUCCCCACACCCCUCUCCAGACAGGGCCAGGUCCCCCUCCCCUCCUCACUCCUCUCCAGGGGCCCUGCUCUGGUCGUACCCCCAUCCCUUCCCGGCCCCCAUCAGGAGCAGCAGGUGGGGGCACUGGCCACUGCUCCCCGCUGCUGGCAGGACGACUCGGGGGGCCUUGCGCGGGGAGGGCUGCGGACACGGGCUGCUUCCACGCUCAUCUCUCUCUGGUAAUAAUAAAGCGUUAGAGCAGUA